CCAUGCGUCAAACAAGUGUUCCUUUGUUGAGCUGAUGCCGGAUGCCGUGCCGCCGGCACAUUGCCUUGUUGAUUCCUAUUAUUGUCUUGGUCCCAACUGACCUCACUGGUGUGGCGUGGUCUGUGGCAGCAUGGAACCAGCAUCGAAAGUCCAGCUACUACCAAAGGGACUGCCUUUGGAUUUCUUUGCUGCAGAAGCGCGGCCACAGCCAACAGGAUAUUUUUGCCGCCAUCGACAGGCUGCAGGUGCAUUAUUCUGCAGCAGAGCUCCAGCAUUGGGUGGCAGAGCAUGAUAUAGUGGCAGUUCAGGAAGCUGAUCCCUUGUUUUGUGAAGCUCUGGGUCAGUUUUUGGUUCUGCGUGGCGAGAAUGAUAGAGAUGGCCGUGGUGUGGAAGUGGAGUCAUGUUCAGCCUUGAUUCUGCACAAUGCCAAGUGCCUUCGGACGGAAAGUGCAAUCCUGAGUGCCCCGAGCCUUGGCAGACGGACCCGGAGAGCCUCUCGGGACCACCUGGUCACUCUGCUGGAGCGCCCAGCAGGGCGGGAGCCUGCGGAGCCUGCAGAGCCAGCGGAGCGGCUGGUGGUGUGCUCCGUCCAUUUGCAUCCGCCGCAGAUGUUUCUUACGAAAGGCCUGACGUAUGAGAAAUACCUGGAUCCCUUGCGCAGGGCCAUCGAAUCGUUGGCCGGCUUGAACGGCACGGAGAACGAGGGUGUCACUCUGCAGACUCCUUGCCUUCUUCUGGGUGAUUUCAACCUUGACCCGGAACACUUCGAACGGUUGACAAAAGGUUUACCGUUCUGGAAGCAGUUUCAGAUGGUUCUCCCUCUUGGUGAAACUGCUCACCAUUCCAAUCCCAGCCGACGUGGAGACUUUGCGCUGGCCACAGGAGGACAAUGGAAAGGCCGUGCGCUGGGCGAUGAAGGCUUUCGUGCUUUCGAGCGCCAUGCUCGGGAGACCCUCGAGGCCCUUUCUGGGGACAUUCUGCAGGAAAGCUACGUGAAGGCGGAACAAUCCUGCAAAGACGCAAUGAAGUGGCUUCGUCGCGCACAGCGUGGGGCACAAACUGGCCACUUACCAGAGUUGCCAUUGGAGCAGCUUUCCAGCGCCCGUGUGGCGCUGCAGCGAGCCAGCCGCUCACUGCGGAAUCCAAGAAUAAGACGAACCCUGCUGAACUCAGACCACCGCCCCCUACGCUUUGAUGGUACUUUGCAACAAGCAGAACCACAAGGCUCUGUCCGCGGACGACCGAAGAAGGUAAGGACUUAACUGUGAGCGGAG